AUAUCUGUCUAAACACUGUCUGUCUAGUGUUUAUGUGUUUAGGAAUACAUAUGGAGCUCAGAGGUCAAGUUUUAAAAAUCAAGUAUUUUCUUCCAAUAUGUGAAUCCUGGGGCUCAAACUCGUGUCCUCGAGCCUGGCGGCAAACACUUUUUACUAGCUAGCCAUCUUGUCUGAUCAUUUUUGUCUCCACCUCCUGAGGGUUGCACUUACAGAAUCGCCCCCAAGCUAAGUUUCUGUGGUACGGAGGAUCGACCCCAAGGCUUCGUGCAUGCUAAGCAAACACUGCACCAACUGAGUGGCAGCCUCAGCCCCAGCCAGACUUUCUGAAACCUGAAAAGGAGAGACUAAAAAGUGCUCGCAACAGAUAGAAAGGGGAAGCACAGCCAAAGCUCCAGGACCAGUGGUUUCACACCACGCUCACUGAUUAUGCUAAUUUAAACAGCACCUUGCAAUUAAGACCACGCCCACCACAAGGGCCUAUCAGGAGGGCAGGGGUGUGGCCAUGGUAAUGAGGCUCAGCUGGCGAGGUUCGGUUCUCAAACUGCUCUCCAGAGUGCCCGGGAGUUGGCGACGAAAGUGGCCAUGGCGCGCGCGCUGGCGGAUCUAUCCGUGAACUUGCAGGUCCCCCGGGUCGUCCCCAGCCCGGAUUCGGACUCGGAUACGGACUUGGAGGAUCCGAGUCCCCGGCGCAGCGCGGGUGGCCUGCAUCGAUCACAGGUCAUCCACAGCGGACACUUCAUGGUGUCCUCGCCGCACAGCGACUCGCUGACCCGGCGACGCGACCAGGAGGGGCCCGUGGGGCUCGCCGACUUCGGGCCGCGCAGCAUCGAUCCGACACUCACCCGCCUCUUCGAGUGCUUGAGCCUGGCUUACAGCGGCAAGCUGGUGUCUCCCAAGUGGAAGAACUUCAAAGGCCUCAAGUUGCUAUGCCGGGACAAAAUCCGGCUGAACAACGCCAUCUGGAGAGCCUGGUACAUUCAGUAUGUGCAGCGGAGGAAGAGCCCAGUGUGUGGCUUCGUGACCCCUCUGCAGGGGUCUGAGGCAGAUGAGCACCGGAAACCUCAGGCUGUCGUCCUGGAGGGUAAUUACUGGAAGCGGCGCAUCGAGGUGGUGAUGCGCGAAUACCACAAGUGGAGAAUCUACUACAAGAAGCGGCUCCGUAAAUCCAGCAGGGAAGGGGAUUUCCUGGCUCCCAAGCAGGUGGAAGGUGGGUGGCCGCCGCCAGAGCGAUGGUGCGAACAGCUGUUCUCCAGCGUGGUGCCUGUGCUGCUCGGGGGCUCCGAGGACGAGCCUGGGGGCCGGCAGCUUCUCGACCUGGACUGCUUCUUGUCCGACAUCUCCGACACGCUCUUCACCAUGACACAGCCCAGCCCCUCGUCCCUGCAGCUGCCCCCAGAGGACGCUUAUGUGGGCAAUGCUGACAUGAUCCAGCCGGACCUGACGCCGCUGCAGCCCAGCCUGGAUGAUUUCAUGGAGAUAUCAGAUUUCUUCACUAAUUACCGCCCCCCUCAGACGCCCACAUCUUCAAACUUCUUGGAGCCCCCCAGCUUUGGCCCCAUGGCUGACUCGCUCUUCAGCGGUGGGAUCCUGGCGCCAGAGAUGCCGCCUCCAGCCUCCUCUUCCUCCUCGUCAGGGAUGACCCCUCUCUCGGGGAAUACACGCCUACAGGCUCGGAACAGCUGCUCUGGACCCUUGGAUCCCAGUACCUUUCUGAGCUCUGAGUUCCUUCUUCCCGAAGACCCUAAGACCAAGAUCCCACCUGCCCCGGUGCCGACGCCCCUCCUUCCCUACCCCACCCCUGUCAAGGUGCAUGGCUUAGAGCCCUGCACCCCCUCCCCCUUCCCCACAAUGGCUCCACCUCCCCCUUUGUUGCCAGAAGAGCCUCUCUUCUCUGCCAGAUUCCCCUUCACCUCAGUCCCUCCUGCUCCAGGAGUGUCUACACUUCCUGCACCCACAACCUUUGACCCCACCCCACAUCCUGGCCCUGGCCCUGGCCCUUUCCCCGUAGACCAUCUGCCCCAUGGGUACCUGGAACCCGCCUUUGGGCCUCACUUCACCGCGCCUCAGGGUAUGCAGCGCAGAGGCAAGCCCUCGUCCCCAUCCCUUGGGGGACGAAAAGCCAGCCCACCCACCUUGGCCUCUGCCACCACCAGCCCCUCUGCCACUGCCACUGCCAGAGACAACAACCCAUGCCUUACACAGCUGCUCAGGGCAGCCAAGCCUGAGCAAGCACUGGAGCCUCCUGCCGUGGCCAGCACCCUCCUCCGGCCUCCGGAGUCCCCGCAGGACACAGUCUCUGAACUGCCCCGUGCCCGUGCCUUUUUCCCCCCAAUCCCGGUCCCUACACCACCCCGGCCACCUCCAGGUCCAGCUACCUUGGCUCCUCCCAGGUCCCUGGUUGUCCCCAAAGCAGAGCGACUCUCACCUCCAGCAUCCAGCGGCAGUGAGCGGCGACUAUCAGGGGAUCUCAACUCCAUACAACCCCCGGGGCCACUGAGUGUCCACCUGUCUCCCCCUCAAACUAUCCUAAGCCGGGGUCGUGUAGACAACAACAAGAUGGAGAACCGACGCAUCACACACAUCUCCGCGGAGCAGAAGAGGCGUUUCAAUAUUAAGCUAGGAUUCGACACCCUGCACGGACUCGUCAGCACGCUCAGUGCCCAGCCCAGCCUCAAGGUGAGCCCCCGGCCAGAAAUGCACACUCCCUUAGAGUCGUGGAGCCCCUCCUUGGACCAACACCCAACACCAGAUCCCAGGGCCUGCCAGCACAGAGGCCCACAUUGGUGGCGCUCGCAGGUGAGCAAAGCGACCACGCUUCAGAAGACGGCGGAGUACAUCCUGAUGCUGCAGCAGGAGCGCGCGGCCAUGCAAGAGGAGGCGCAGCAGCUGCGGGAUGAAAUAGAGGAGCUCAAUGCUGCUAUCAACUUGUGCCAGCAGCAGCUACCGGCCACCGGGGUGCCCAUCACACACCAGCGCUUUGACCAGAUGCGGGACAUGUUUGAUGACUAUGUCCGGACCCGCACGCUGCACAACUGGAAGUUCUGGGUAUUCAGCAUCCUCAUCCGACCUUUAUUUGAGUCCUUCAAUGGGAUGGUGUCUACCGCAAGCUUGCACAGCCUCCGCCAGACCUCACUGGCCUGGCUGGAACAGUACUGUUCCCUGCCUGCUCUCCGGCCAAUGUCUUGCUCUCUUCCCAGCUGUCCUGAAUUCCCUUCGCCAGCUCAGCACUUCCACCAGCAUCCUGACCGACCCGAGCCUCGUGCCUGAGCAAGCCACACGGGCAGUCACAGAGGGUACCCUGGGCAGACCUUUGUAGCCCUGGUGAAGGUUUCCAAGCUCCAGGAACAACUUGUGGCCACGCCUCUCUGGAUCCUGGCCGCCGGCUCCCUGCAGAUCUGGCAGGUUCCCAGUGUUCCGCUCCACCUCCUUGGGGGUGGAGACGAACCUGGCUCCAUCCUUCACUUUGCUAAUACUGUGAUCCCUGGUGACUCACACCCCGUCUUUGGAUCUCCCUUUAAUUACAGAGGACCCCAAAUGCAUUAGCAGCGGCAGCACUGGGGACCUAAGCAGGAGCUAUGAUGAGAGAUGUCAGUCUGUUUCCUCAAGACUUCCUGCUUUGGAUAAAGGGUGCCACCCUUAGUUCCUGAGCAGGGAGACAGAGCAGGAGAUCUCCUCUCUUUGCCCCUGCACUAGUGACAUGGGGUGGCUUCCUGGGUAAUGCCACUGAGGUCUGCUGCCAGGAGAGGUCAGGGCAAGGCAUAGCCAGAGCACGGCAGGCAUCUUGCAUGAAUGUAGAUGUGUGUGUGCGCGAGCGCGCGUAUGUGGAUUUUAUAAAAAAAAAAAAAAAAAAAAGUUCUUGAUCAAUAAAAGCAAAUCUGUCUGCAAGGGUUGGGGUUGGUGUGACUGGCAGUGUGUUUCACUGUGGGACUCAGAGCUGGCAGCAGUGAAAGGUGACGUGAUAGAGGACCCUGUGGGUCACAAAUUACCUUUUCAAUUUGCUUGUGUGCAGUUAAGCUCGCCCGUGAUUAUGUGGAGGUUGGUGACUGACAGGGUACCUCCUCGCUGCUCCCUGCCUUAAUUUUUUUUUUCGAGACAGGGUUUCUCUGUAUAGCCCUGGCUGUCCUGGAACUCACUCUGUAGACCAGGCUGACCUCGAACUCAGAAAUCUGUCUGAUUCUGCCUCCCAAGUGCUGGGAUUACAGGUGUGCGCCACCACUGCCCAGCCCCUGCCUUAAUUUUAAAAUGCUUCAGAAUAUAUUUCAGAAUAUAGGACUGGGCAUGGUGAUGCGCACCUUUAAUCCCAGUACUUGGGAGGCAGAGGCAGGUCUUUAUGAGUGAGACCAGCCUGUUCUGCAAAUAGAGUUCUGCAUAUAGAGUUCUGCAUAUAGUAAUACCCAGUCUACACACACACACACACACACACUUAUAUAUAUUAUAGUUGGGGGCAGAGUCUCUGUAGUCUUGGCUGUCCUAGAACUUGCUAUGUAGACCAGGUUUGUUUUAAACAACCAGAUCCUCCUGCCUCUGUUAAAAAUAUUUAAAAUUGCACUUAUUUAUAUGUGUAUGCACAGAUGCAAAUGUCAUACAUGUGGCGGUCAGAGGAUGACUUUUUAGGAAACCGUUCUCUCCUUCUGCCGUGUAAGUGAUGGUUAUCAAUUCACUCAGAUUGUCACCUUUGGCAGCAAGUGCCCUUACUGGCUGAGCCUCUGCCUUAUUCCUUCAGACAGGCUCCGCUAUUGAACCUAGAACUCAGCAGUUUGGCUGGGCUGGCCGGCCAAUAAGCCCUUGCGCUCUUCUUGUCUUCACCACCCCAACCAUGGGGUUACCACUCCUGGCUUUUAGAGUUUGGAUGUAAGUCAGCUCUUUAAUGACUGGACCAUCUCCCAACCCCAUGCUUGUAGAUAUGUAUGUAUGUAUGUAUGUAUGUAUGUAUGAUGUAUGUAUGUAUGUAUGUAUGAUGUAUGUAUUAUAUAUGUAUUUUUCCCUCCUCAAGACAGGGUUUCACCGUGUAGCCCUAGAUGUCCCGGAACUCGCUCUGUAGAAAAGACUGGCUUCAAACUCACAGCGAUCCAUCUGCCUCUGCCUCCUUAGAGCUGGGAUUAAAGGCACUGAGGCCCCAGGUUCAGCACACAGCUGCUAAUAAGUCAAUGAGCACAUUUUUUAAAAUGGUGUUUCAAGAAUUUUUACCCUGGAGUGGGGGUCAGGGUGGAAACUAGAAAACACACUCCCUGCCAGAAGGUUCCAAUGCAAAACUAAAGCUCAGUGCCACCAAUGUUCGCCUCGGGCACCACUGAGUGAGUUUGGGUGGCAUUAAAGCAGACACACUGGAAGGUCUGGAUCCACCAGGAAUGACAGGCUUCCCCAUAAGCUCCUCCUCCUUUCUUCCUCCCCUUUCGACCGUGUCUAGAGUGAGGUGCAGAGUAGGUAUAUGUGGUUGACAUGGCCAGAGACAUUUUUCAGAACCCCAGUGCCAUGUCCUCAUGGGAAUCGCAAAGCCAUUCCCUCGUGAGGCUCAGAAGGAUGUCACGGCCUGACUCAGUGGUCCAAGAAGGGUGAAUGCUGACGAGUGUGUGCAGGAAAUAUCAAACACCGUUUUCUCCCGCCCCCUCUCUCUGCUUCCUGCUUGUGUUUGAGGAUGUGAUUCUCACCUUCCUGUUGUUACCCCUGCAAUCAUGCCUUCCUGCCUCGAUGGACUCGUCUCUCUGGAAAUGUAAACCAAAAUAAACUUUUUUUUAAAAUAA